CUCCAUGCUGUUGUACACACACAGGAGCUGACGGGUAAACUGCCUGUGGAAUACCCCCUGGAUCCAGGGGAGGAACCACCCAUUGUUCGAAGAAGAAUCGGGACGGCCUUCAAGCUGGAUGAGCAGAAAGUCCUGCCCAAAGGAGAGGAAGCCGAGCUGGAACGCCUGGAACGGGAGUUUGCCAUUCAGUCCCAGAUAACGGAGGCUGCCCGCCGCCUAGCCAGUGACCCCAAUGUCAGCAAAAAACUGAAGAAACAAAGGAAAACCUCUUAUCUGAACGCACUGAAGAAGCUGCAGGAGAUUGAAAAUGCAAUCAACGAGAACCGGGUCAAGUCUGGGAAGAAGCCCACCCAGAGGGCUUCGCUGAUCAUUGACGAUGGAAAUAUUGCCAGUGAAGACAGUUCCCUCUCAGAUGCCCUUGUUCUAGAGGAUGAAGACUCUCAGGUCACCAGCACACUGUCCCCCUUACAGUCCCCUCACAAGGGACUUCCUCCUCGGCCACCAUCACACAACAGGCCCCCUCCUCCCCAGUCCCUGGAGGGACUCCGGCAGAUGCACUAUCACCGCAACGACUAUGACAAGUCCCCCAUAAAGCCCAAAAUGUGGAGUGAGUCCUCCUUAGAUGAGCCUUACGAGAAGGUCAAGAAACGUUCCUCCCACGGUCAUUCCAGUGGCCACAAGCGUUUCCCCAGCACGGGGAGCUGCGCCGAAGCAGGCGGGGGAAGCAGCUCCCUGCAGAACAGCCCCAUCCGCAGCCUGCCUCACUGGAACUCGCAGUCCAGCAUGCCGUCCACGCCAGACCUGCGGGUCCGGAGUCCCCACUACGUUCAUUCCACGAGGUCAGUGGACCUCAGCCCCACGCGACUGCACAGCCUCGCCCUGCACUUUCGGCACCGGAGCUCCAGCCUGGAGUCCCAGGGCAAGCUCCUGGGCUCGGAGAACGACACGGGGAGCCCCGACUUCUACACCCCACGGACUCGUAGCAGCAACGGCUCCGACCCCAUGGACGACUGUUCCUCCUGCACCAGCCACUCGAGCUCGGAGCACUACUACCCGGCGCAGAUGAACGCCAACUACUCCACGCUGGCCGAGGACUCGCCGUCGAAGGCGCGCGCGCGGCAGCGGCAGCGACAGCGCGCGGCGGGCGCGCUGGGCGCGGCGAACUCGGGCAGCAUGCCCAACCUGGCGGCGCGCGGCGGCGGCGCGCACGGCGUCUACCUGCACAGCCAGAGCCAGCCGAGCUCGCAGUACCGCAUCAAGGAGUACCCGCUGUACAUCGAGGGCAGCGCCACGCCCGUGGUGGUGCGCAGCCUGGAGAGCGACCAGGAGGGCCACUACAGCGUCAAGGCGCAGUUCAAGACCUCCAACUCGUACACGGCGGGCGGCCUGUUCAGGGAGAGCUGGCGUGGCGGCGACGAGGGCGACGCAGGCCGCCUGACGCCGUCGCGCUCGCAGAUCCUGCGGACUCCAUCGCUGGGCCGCGAGGGCGCCCACGACAAGGGCGCGGGGCGCGCGGCCGUCUCGGACGAGCUGCGCCAGUGGUAUCAGCGCUCCACAGCCUCCCACAAGGAGCGCAGCCGCCUGUCGCACACCAGCUCCACCUCCUCGGACAGCGGCUCCCAGUACAGCACCUCCUCCCAGAGCACCUUCGUGGCGCACAGCAGGGUCACCAGGAUGCCCCAGAUGUGCAAGGCCACGUCAGCUGCCUUACCUCAAAGCCAGAGAAGCUCAACGCCAUCGAGUGAAGUUGGAGCGACCCCCCCAAGCAGUCCCCACCACAUCCUAACCUGGCAGACUGGAGAAGCAACAGAAAACUCGCCCAUUAUGGAUGGGUCUGAGUCUCCAACUCACCAAAGUACUGAUGAAUAGAGGUAUCGUAAGGGAAUGCUUUGUUCUUACAGCCCUUCCGCUUCCCCCUCAUGACUUUGUGGUCUCAGAUGUGCUGCACGUGGGUUGCCCUUCCCCAUAUCUUAACUUGCAGAAGGAAACAUCUGAAUGGUGUGGAAGCUACUGUUUGUAUGUCUUGUUUCUAGAUACAUGUGGAUCUCGAUAUAUGUUUAUAUGUAUGUUUUGCAUCAGAUGUUAGGUGCUCCCAAUGCUACUGCCCAGGAAAGACCUCAGAGUAUGCUUUGCACCUUCCCAGGCUCUACAGGCAUACACAUACUUGUAGAAGCUUUUACUGGUUUAGUAAAUGUCUGGGGAGCACUUCGGAGCCAUGGUCCCCAAGACCCAAAGCAGUCAGACUCAAAUAAGUCAAAGAAAGGCCCCAUUGAAGGAAUCGCUUCCUUAGUAAUCAAUGCCCAUGAAAAGAACAACAUCAUGUAGUUUAUGGUUCAAAAUACCAAGGGCAGAUGGAAUUGUUCCAGAAGCACCUGGAGAUCACCCAUUAUUUCGUCCCCGCAUUCUUGAGUGACAGCUAGGUACUCUACCAAAUGCUGUUUUCCAAAAUGUGGUCCAUAGACGAGCAUGAGCAGCAGCAACAGCAGCAGCAG